AACAUAGUGUUGUUCGUCUGUUCGAUCUCAUGCCCCCCUUUCUUGUAACCGGCUAACCAGAGCACCAGCUUUUUGUACCAGGUCAUCGGGGAUGAACGCUGCGGGACAGUGAGUGCCAUGGCAGAGGGGCAAGAAGGGUGGUGCGAGCUGUACCCGGAGAAUGGCCGGGGCAGGGAACGAAGAAGCGGGGUCACCGAGGUCAAUUUGAUGGAGGCGGCGAAGGCAGCACCCCGGAGGAGCAGCAUCAUCAAGGAUCCUUCUAAUCAAAAACCUGGAAGAAAGAAGACAGUCUCUUUCAGUAGCAUGCCAUCAGAGAAGAAAAUCAGCAGUGCCAGUGACUGCAUCAGUUUCAUGCAAGGAGGUUGUGAGUUGAAGAAAGUCCGACCAAAUGGUCGCCUUUACAAUCGCUUCUUUACCUUGGAUACAGAUUUGCAGGCUCUGCGGUGGGAGCCCUCAAAAAAAGAUCCUGAAAAGGCAAAGCUAGACAUUUCUGCCAUUAAAGAGAUAAGACUAGGGAAAAACACAGAUACAUUCAGGAAUAAUGGUUUGGCUGACCAAAUAUGUGAGGACAGUGCUUUUUCCAUUAUUCAUGAUGAGAACUAUGAGUCUUUAGACCUGGUGGCUAAUUCAGCUGAUGUGGCCAAUAUUUGGGUUUCUGGUCUUAGAUACCUAGCUUCGCACAGCAAACAACCAUUGGACUUAGAAGGGGGCCAAAACAACCCAAGGUUUGCUUGGCUAAAAUCAGUCUUUGAAGUUGCAGAUGUGGAUGGAAAUGGAAUCAUGAUUGAAGACACUGCAGUAGCAUUGAUAAGACAGCUCUCCCCAGCUAUUAAAGAAGCAAAGGUCAGAUUAAAAUUUAAGGAAAUCCAAAAGAACAAAGAAAAGCUUACCACUAGAGUUACCAAAGAGGAGUUUUAUGAAGCUUUUAGUGAUCUUUGCACAAGGCCAGAAGUAUAUUUUUUACUUGUGCAGAUUUCAAAAAACAAAGAAUAUUUGGAUGCAAACGAUAUAAUGUUAUUUUUGGAAUCUGAACAAGGUAUGACUCAGGUGACAGAAGACAUGUGUGUCAAUACCAUCCAGAAGUAUGAACUGUCUCAGGAAGGACGUUUAAAGGGUUUCCUCACCAUUGAUGGUUUUACACAGUAUCUGCUCUCACAUGAGUGUGAUAUAUUUGAUCCUGUUCACAAGAAGGUCUGCCAGGACAUGACACAGCCUCUAUCACACUACUACAUCAACUCUUCUCAUAACACAUACUUAAUAGAAGAUCAAUUCAGAGGCCCUGCAGAUGUUAAUGGAUAUGUGAGGGCACUUAAAAUGGCUUGUAGAAGCAUAGAGCUGGAUGUAAGUGAUGGAGCAGACAACGAGCCAAUAAUUUGCAACCGUAACAGCAUGACAUCACAACUCACCUUUAGGAAUGUGAUAGAAGUUGUCAAUAAAUAUGCCUUUGUCUCAUCUGAGUUUCCUCUUAUUCUUUGCAUUGAAAACCAUUGUUCUGUGCAACAACAAAAGGUGAUGGUACAACACAUGAAGAAGAUCUUUGGAAGCAAAUUAUACACAAACACUGUUUCUCCAACAGAUUCUUACCUUCCGUCUCCAGAAAAACUAAGAAGGAAAAUUAUUGUUAAAGGUAAGAAGCUACCAUCUGAAAAAGUCCUUGCGGAGGGUGAGGUAACAGAAGAGGACGAGGAAGCUGAGAUGUCUCGUCGAAUGGCAGAUGACUACUUUGUAGAGCAGAGAAUGAUCACACUUUGUAAAGAACUGUCAGACUUGGUAUCAAUUUGCAAAUCAGUGCAAUACAGAGACUUUGACUUUUCUAGGAAAACCCACAUUUAUGGUGAGGUUUGCUCUUUUAGCGAGAGCCAGGCAAGCCGUAUUGCUAAUGAGUAUCCAGAGGACUUUGUGAACUACAAUAAAAAAUUUCUUUCAAGGGUUUAUCCAAGUCCAAUGAGAAUAGAUUCUAGUAACAUGAAUCCACAAGGCUUUUGGAAUUGUGGUUGCCAGAUUGUAGCAAUGAACUAUCAGACACCAGGGCCAAUGAUGGAUCUCAAUAUUGGUUGGUUCAUGCAGAAUGGAGGAUGUGGUUAUGUUCUUCGACCAUCAGUUAUGCGGGAUGAGGUAUCUUAUUUCAGUGCCAACACCAAAGGUGUCGUGCCUGGUGUGUCCCCUCAGAUACUUCACAUAAAGAUUAUUAGUGGACAGAACUUUCCAAAACCCAAAGGUGCUUGUGCAAAGGGGGAUGUAAUCGAUCCUUAUGUUUGUGUAGAGAUUCAUGGCAUCCCAGCUGACUGCGCAGAGCAAAGAACUAAAACAGUGCAACAAAAUGGGGACAAUCCCAUUUUUGAUGAGAGUUUUGAGUUCCAAAUUAAUCUACCAGAGUUGGCAAUGGUUCGCUUCAUGGUUCUUGAUGAUGACUACAUCGGAGAUGAAUUUAUUGGUCAAUAUACAAUACCUAUUGAAUGCUUGCAACCAGGAUAUCGACAUGUGCCACUGUACACAUUUGUUGGAGAUACAAUGGAUUAUGCUAAACUCUUUGUUCAUGUUGCAAUCACCAACCGAGGUGGAGGAGGAAAAACACAGAAACGUGGCUUGUCUGCUAGGAUAGGGAAGAAGGCCAGAGAAUAUACAAUGUUGAGGAAUACUGGCCUUAAAAUGGUAGAUGACAUCUUUAAACUUGCUGCCCAUCCUCUACGGGAAGCCACUGAUAUCAGAGAAAACUUGCAGAAUGCUCUAAUUUCCUUAAAGGAACUCUGUGGACUACCAACUAGCUCAAGUCUUAAGCAAUGCAUGUUGUCAUUUGCUUCGCGUCUUGUGAAUAGUGACAACACUCCCUCAGUCUCCUUUAUUUUGAAAGAUUCCUAUCCAUAUUUAGAGCCUCGAGGGACAAUUCCAGAUGUCCAGAAAAAACUUCUCUCUGUCUAUGACAUGAUGAUACAAGAAAGCAAGUGUCUUAUUGAGACAGCAGACAUAAUCCACGAGAAACUCUUACAGUGCCAGAAAACAGGUAUGGAAUUUCAUGAGGAACUGCAUAGUUUGGGAACAAAGGAAGGACUGAAAGGAAGAAAACUCUGCAAAGCUAUAGAAAGCUUUGCCUGGAAUAUCACUGUGCUGAAGGGUCAGGGGGAUCUGCUGAAGAACGCCAAAAAUGAAGCCACAGAAAACAUGAGGCAGAUACAUCAAGCCUGUCUUGCUAGCGGCCUGGCCAAGACUGUAUGCGGCACAUCUGAAACUAAGGCCAAGAAAGGCCUGGAAGCAAUAGAGGAGAAAGGCAUAGGGGAAGAAAACUGCUGCCUAUGAGGCAUGGCAGAUAACACAGCAAAGGAAAUUACAGGGCUGCUUUUAGUUUUUUCUUAGGAGGUUACAUUCAGUAAAACUCAGUGGUAAAAGCGUCUAGUA